AUAUGCACCAUAACGCCAACUUCUUCAACUUCUCUACAAGAUGACUUCAUCAACUGUCUCCACAAAAACACAAACAUAGAUUUCCCACUCGAGCAAACGUUCUUUUCCCCUGCCAAAAACGUCUCUAUGUUCAACGAAGUUCUUGAAUCUACUGCUCAGAAUCUCCGGUUCCUGACAAAAUCAAUGCCUAAACCAGGAUUCAUAUUCAACCCGAUUGAUGAGUCUCACGUCCAAGCUUCCAUCAUAUGUUCCAAGAGACUUGAUAUUCAUCUCCGUGUCAGAAGCGGCGGUCACGACUACGAGGGCCUGUCAUAUGUCUCAGAGAUGGAAAAACCAUUUAUAUUGAUGGAUCUGUCAAAGUUGAGAGAGAUCAACGUUAAUAUUAAAGACAACAGUGCUUGGGUUCAAGCUGGUGCCACCGUUGGUGAACUUUACUACAGGAUUGCAGAGAAGAGCAAAGUACAUGGGUUUCCGGCUGGUUUAUGCUCGAGCUUAGGCAUAGGAGGGCACAUAACAGGCGGUGCAUACGGUUCCAUGAUGAGAAAAUACGGUCUCGGUGGAGAUAACGUGCUAGACGCAAAGAUUAUUGAUGCCAACGGUAAAAUACUCAACCGAACCUCAAUGGGGGAGGAUAUGUUUUGGGCAAUUAGAGGAGGCGGUGGAGCUAGUUUCGGCAUAAUUCUAGCAUGGAAGAUCAAACUUGUUCCAGUUCCGAAGACCGUAACUGUCUUCACCGUCACCAAAACGUUGCAACAAGACGCCACAAGGAUUCUUUCUAAGUGGCAAGUUGUUGCAGACAAGCUUGUGGAAGAGCUUUUCAUUAGAGUGAUCUUCAACGUAGCUGGAAACAAUGGAAACAAGACCGUAACAACGUCAUACAAUGCUCUGUUUCUUGGGAACAAAGGCAUGUUGAUGAAAGUCAUGAAGAAGAGUUUUCCGGAGCUAGGUUUAACAAGGAAAGAUUGUGUUGAAAUGAGCUGGAUUGAAUCCAUCGUUUACAUUUCUGGAUUCCCUAGCCAAACACCUACUAAGGUUUUGCUUCAAGGGAAGCCGCCUUUCCCAAAGAUCAACUUCAAAGCCAAAUCUGAUUUCGUGAAGGACCCGAUUCCUGAGUCCGGGCUUAAAGGGAUGUUCGAGAAGUUCCUUAACGAAGAUAAUCCACUGAUGAUAUGGAAUCCUUACGGAGGAAUGAUGGCGAAAAUCUCUGAAUCCCAAAUCCCUUUUCCGCAUAGAAAAGGUGUCAUCUUCAAGAUUCAGUACUUAACGGCUUGGCCUAACAGCGACAAGAGACCGAGCAGGCACAUCAACUGGAUAAGAGAUUUGUAUAGUUACAUGAUGCCUCACGUCUCAAGCAAUCCAAGAGAAGCCUACGUGAAUUACCGUGAUCUUGACCUGGGAAUGAACAAGAGAAACGCAAAGACAAGCUUCAAACAAGCUCAAGUCUGGGGAGCAAAGUAUUUCAAAGACAACUUUAACAGACUUGUGACGAUAAAAUCAAAGGUUGAUCCUGAUAACUUCUUCAGACACGAACAGAGCAUCCCACCUCUUCAUGUUUGAAUCUAAGCUAAUGAUAACGACAGUUAUAUCAAUCGAAUAAUAAA